ACCACAAUGAGACUGUAUGGCCGGCAAGUUCAAGGUGCGUUCCCGUUGAAUCAUUCGUGUGGGACGCCUGAAAUAAUCUAUUUAAAUCUACACUGAAACGCGAUCACAACAGUCUGACGCGAACGACGCAGCGCGCCUGCAACGAACCAUUUUAAAGAUGUCUAUAGUUCCCCUGAUGUUCCGUGACUGGUGGGAUGACUGGGACCGCCCGUCCCGGCUUCUUGACCAGCACUUCGGCAUGGGGCUGAAGAAGGACGAGCUCCUCUCGUCUCUAUCCACUCUGCCUUCCAGCUCUAUCUUGAGGAACUCUUACUUCAGGCCGUGGAGAGCAAACCUUGCGAGACAGGAGUCUUCCUCCACGAUCAACUUGACUAAAGAGAAAUUCGAAGUCAUUCUUGACGUCCAACAGUUUACCCCUGAAGAGAUCACCGUGAAGGCAAGCAACAACAGUGUGCUAGUUGAGGGAAAGCAUGAAGAAAAGCAAGACGAACAUGGAUUUGUCUCCAGGCAGUUCACCAGACGCUACAUCCUUCCAACUGGUUACGAUGUAGCCGACGUCAUCAGCUCCUUAUCAUCGGACGGUGUCCUGACUAUCACAGCCCCGAAACGCCCACCACCGAACGCAGGAGAACGAAUUAUUCCCAUUCUGAAAACAGGCCCGGCUAAACAGCCUGAAGCCCCAAAAACAGAACAGCCCCGCGAGCAAACUGUUCCCAUUAUUACAUCCCCAUAAUCCCCUGACACAACGAUCGAAUGAAUAGCAUUUAUUUUUAACCCAAAGUUGGCCAACAUUGGGCUAAUCGAAAAACGAAUUAGGGUUAAGGAAUGCAAAACAUCACUUUUCUUUGUUAUAAUUGAAUUAAAAAUAUAAAUUUUA